CUCUCCUCUCAUCUUUUUCCGACUCUCCAAGAACUUCAAAAUCUCUUCAACAUGUGCAUAUUUCCGAUAAAUCGUGGUGGCGAAUGGCGUGGUCGGUUAUUAUAUUAAUCCAACUUACAUAUACAAGUGCAAACCCAUAUUAAAUAAUUACAUUGCAAGAAACAAACACGACAUUGUCCAUGUUCAUGUAUAGUAUUUCUUAUUUCUUCAGAAGAAAAAACAAAACAAUGACACUAACCAAACAUAUGUUUUUCAAUUGUCAUCUCCACGACUUCAUAUUCUUGCAUUCAUUGUUCUCUUAAUGUACUACACUUUCUCUAACCACCAUAACCAUGGCUACCAAAUUCCUCUUAGCGUUCCUUGUCAUCUCCUGCUAUGUCCUUUCCAUCUCAGCAGACAAAGAAACAGGUUUUGUGGGGUCAGUAGAUCCUAAGUCCUUAAGCUACAAGAAGAAGCACACUUUUAGCCACUUCAGGUUUUAUUGGCACGAAAUCUUCAGUGGAAGCAACCCUUCCGCUGUUAGAAUCAUUCCACCACAACCAAAGUAUACCACAACCACCAACUUCGGUUUUGUGGUAGUAUUCGACAACGUGUUGACCCUAGGACCCGAGUUGUACUCAAAGGUUGUGGGGAGUGCUGAAGGGUUGUACUCCUCUGCUUCACAAAAAGAGUUUGCCCUUUUGGUGAUUAUGAACUUCGCGUUGACCGAAGGGAAGUACAAUGGUAGCACCAUCACGUUCGUGGGGAGAAGCCCCAUCGCUCACAAGGUGAGGGAGAUGCCUGUGAUUGGUGGCACUGGUGUUUUCAGAUUUGCCAGGGGCUAUGUUGAAGCCUCCACCCUCACUUUUGAUCCCCAAACCAGGAACAACACAGUUGAGUACAACGUUUAUGUUUACCACUAACUGUUGUCUUUUGAAGGAUGUUGUUGAUUUGAUAAUUGUAGUUGUUGUUCUUGAAAAAUGCUUCAGUAUACCACUCUGUUUCUAUUUAUGUUUCCUCUUUUGAGGUACCAUGGAAUAAAAUCAUGUUUG